AUGGACUACCCGGGGACCGGUGUCAAGCAGCCGGAGGUCUCCAUCGACCUCAACUCGGUCGACGGAUUCUAUUCGUCGGAUUUUCAAACUUUCCAGAAUACAUCGACACCAAUGAUGACUGGAUACGAUGCACCAAACGGCUCAAUCUCCUCACCAACCGGCCAAAUCUCUGCGAACGCCUACCGUCGAACGAAUGCAGGCGCCGCCGGAAAGUUUAUGGAGAAUAAUGGAUUCGGAUGGUUGUUGGAGGUUAAUGAGGAAGAUCAGGAUCAGAUCCCAUUGCUCGAAGAACUCGACAUCGAUCUAACCGACAUCUACUACAAAAUCCGUUGUGUUCUCCUUCCACUUCCAUAUUUCCGUAUGAAAUUGAAUAUUGUUAGAGAGUCACCCGACUUCUGGGGACCACUUGCCGUCGUGUUGGCUUUCGCCAUUUUGUCACUUUAUGGACAAUUUGGGGUCGUCUCCUGGAUCAUCACAAUGUGGUUCUGCGGUGGAUUCAUGGUGUAUUUCAUCGCCCGCGCCCUUGGCGGAGACGUCGGAUACUCUCAAGUACUCGGAAUCGUCGGAUACUGUCUGAUUCCACUGGUGGUGACGUCAUUGGUCACGCCCCUUUUUAGCGGGUUCCGCCUGCUAUCCAACGCUCUUGGAAUGUUCGGAACCGUCUGGUCGGUUUACAGUGCUGGAACACUACUCUGUGUCGACGAAUUGCAAGCGAAAAAGCCCCUUGUCGUUUAUCCAGUUUUCCUGCUCUAUGUCUAUUUUUAUUCGCUUUAUUCGGGUGUUUAG